AUAGACAGUCGUGCCAGAGCGGGAGCUGCGGUUAGUUCACCUCUCUGACGCUCUUUGUACAGUCACAAAGAAACGUUAUCACUGUUGUCAUUUUUUUCCCUCCUCGAGUCAAGAUACCAAGUAGGACCAGAGUUUCCAUUUUGGAUAGGGGGGGCUGCAACCACACGCACCCACAGUUCUCCAGAGCCGCGACAACUCAAGACACAGAGAGAAAGAGGGAAGAGAACACAUGCACCAAUCAACUUCACUGGCAAAGGUGAAUGCCGUCAUGCCAUUUGGGUGCCUUGCCCUGCGAGAUGGGCGGAUUUAUGAUAGCAUGUCUGAUGUCACAGACAAAUAUGAGAUUGGACAGGUCCUCCGAGCGAAGGAGUUCUGCGAGCUGUGCCUGGCUAAAGACAGACAAACAGACAAGGUGUUUGUCUGCAAGAAAUUCCUCAAGAAAGACGGCAGGAAAGUCCGCAAGGCUGCCAAGAACGAAAUCAUGAUCCUGAAAUUGGUCAACCACCCAAACAUCCUUCAGCUGAUCGACACAUUCGAGACCCGGAAAGAAUACUUCAUCAUCCAGGAACUUGCUACAGGAGGAGAUGUAUUCGAUUGGAUUCUGGACCAGGGGAAUUACACAGAGAGAGACGCCUCCAAUGUCAUCAGACAAGUCCUUGAGGCUGUAGCGUACUUACACUCCCUCAACAUAGUUCACAGGAACCUGAAGCUGGAAAACCUGAUGUACUACACAGAAAACAAUCACAACAAAGUAGUUCUGCGAGAUUUCUACCUGUCCAGGUUUGAGAAUGGACCCAUCACAGAGCCUUGUGGAACACCAGAAUACCUGGCGCCGGAAGUGGUGGCUCGUCACCGAUAUGGUCGUCCUGUGGACUGCUGGGCUGUGGGUGUCAUUAUGUUCAUACUCUUAUCAGGUAACCCUCCUUUUUAUGAUGAGACAGAGGAGGAGAACACAGAUCUACAUAAUCGCAUCAUCUUCUGUCGCAUUGUUGCUGGCGAAUUUGAGUUUGAUUCUCCAUACUGGGAUGACAUUUCACCUGCAGCUAAGGAGCUCGUCUGUCGACUCAUGGAGGUGGACCAGAUGCUGAGAAUCACAGCGCAAGAUGCACUUUGGCAUGAAUGGAUUGCAGGGAAUGGUGCAUCAGAGAAGAACCUGAAGGAUGGUGUGUGUGCCCAGUUUGAGAAGAACUUUGCAAAGGCCAAAUGGCGGAAAGCAAUCCGUGUCACCACCUUCAUGCAACGACUGAAGAAUUCAGAGGCACUGAUUGACAGUUCAGCCGAGGUACAGGGCAGUGAGGAGGCAGGAGAUGGGGAAGGGGGUGUAUCCCAGGGGACAAGUGAUGAGGGAGAAAAAGGGGCGAGUGAUGGAGGUGUGACAUCAAGUAACGUGUCUUUAGAGGUGACAGUUGAAAAUAGACCAGCAGGUAUUGACCAGGAUGGAGAAAAACAGGAAGAAGUAAAGAUGAGUAAAGGCCCAUCCGUAAAAAUUUCCCCAUCAGAUAUUCAGGAGUCUCUCUGCCAAUCAAAUGCAGCACCCAAACUUCCACAGGAGGAGUCUGAUAAGAUUGGUGCAAAGAAAGCAGCAGGCGAUGGAACCAGGAAAAUAGCUGCCAAUUUGGGUCAAAAUAAAGUUGCUCCAGAAUCCACACCAACCCCAGUGGUGACCCCUAAACCCCCCAAGCUGACAGACGGUAUUUCAGGCACUAAACAUCCAUCCACCUCCCCUGAUCCCAGCAGCAAGCGUAAAAUGGCUGCAACACUCCAUGGACCUCCACCCACAGCCUCUGCUGCUACAACAGCCUCACCUGAGAAUAAGCCAGAAGCCACGCAGAAGGAGCAGAGGGAUGAGACUGACGGAAGCUGGUGUCAGACCCAACUACCUGAGGCAGUGGCAGAGAGGUCAGUGGGAGCACCUGUCACUCCAGCAAUUGGGCCUGGAACUGGGGUGGAUGCAGGUCCAGGAGUUAGGCUAAGGGGUGAUGCUAGCCCAGUGGUUAGAAAGGAUAAGGAUGCCAGGAAAACAGACAGAUAUAGUGCUGAGUUUAGCAUAGCCAGGGCAGGUCCUGCGACAGGACAGGGUUGUUAUACAGUAGGCAGCUCUGCUAGUUUGGGCCGGCAUGCCACACCAUACAACCCAGAAGUUGGGACUGUAGGCAUGGGGAUAGCAGGGAGCUAUGGGAGUCCGUACAGUUCUCUGUAUACGACUGGAGGAGGGGUAGGGAUGUACGGGACUGGGCUACACCAUGGAGGAGGUGGGAGUAGCACUACAAGUGACUGGCAAAUGGACAGUGUGAUUGAGCAGAUAGAGAAGCAAAUGGCUGCUGUUCUGGAGAAGAUUGAGGGAGACAUGCCCUCGCUGCUGGAGCAAAUCAGUGACUGCCCCCCUGAACCACCACGUGCACGGAGCACACAUGCCUCGCCUGCCACCUCCCGUACACGCUCCUCACAACACUCCUCAACUGAGAGCUCGGCCACUCCUCCACCUCUUCCCACCUCUCCCAGGCCUGCGUUGCCUUCUCUCCCUCGCCUUACUAUCCCUCCUCCCUCCUAUCCCCCACCUUCCCCACCCACACAGGCCGCAGGAGAGCAGGAGGACAGGGAUGGACAGAGGGGCACUGCGCGUCCCAGCCAGUCGCCCAGAGCUGGGAUGGGCAGGGGGCUAUGAAACAGGUGUUCAUGAUGCAAUACACAGCACCUGGAACACUGGAUUUGGGGACGAAUAAAGUAUAUCUUGAUUUCUCUUGGUCUUGAUUAACAGUUAAAACUUGAGAGUUUAAAGACUCACCCAGAAGAAGAAUCCACUUGAUCCCCAGAAGAAAAGUAACCAUGCAGUGUUGUUUGGUUGGUUGACAUUGAGGUGACUGGUUAAGAGAGAUCUCCCCAUGGCAUCCAAAUACUACAUAUUAUUACUGGAGUGUAGGGGAAGCAGUCCACUGCAUCUCUCAAUAAAUUUCUGCAUCUUAAAUCCAGAUUGUGUGUAUCAUAUGAUCACCAAACAACCUCCUCAUGCUGAAAUCCAAACACUCAGUGCAGUUUGAAAAUUUUGCAUUCACACAAGUAAGAACAGCAUGGUACAAUUCUCAGCUAAUAGUGAGAGUGAAAAACCUGAGGAAGCGUUAUGAUUUGCAUUGUCCACUACAAAUUGUAAAUACAGACAGAAAACUGAGUUCCUAAUUCUUGCUCUACUCCCAUGUUGUAAACUACCUUAUGGUCAAACAUUUACUUUUUUCAAAUCAGCUCAUCCCAUGUCAUUAUUUAUGUUCCUUUUAUUCAUGUAGCUAUUCAUUCUAUAGUGAAGUUGCAAAAUCAUGAGCUUGCAGUCAUACAGUUGUACAAAAUUAUGUGAAACUGGACUGAUCAAGCCUUUCCACUGAGAUUGAGAUUUGUUUUGUCAUAUUGUGUAUUUAAACUUGAACCUUCACUCAAAGUCUUGUGAGUUGCUUCACACUUGUUGGAGAGCCAGGGGAGAAAUUCCCUAAAUGCAAAAUAUUGUACAAAGGUUGCACGGUAACACAUGCAAACACACACACACACACACACACACACACACACACACACACACACACACACACACACACACUCCAACCCCUCUUCCUUUUCCAAAGUUCUCCAAAAACCUUGCCCAUAACAUUAGUUUUCAUUUUUCUUAAAUUUUGUUUUGGACACAUUCAUUUGGUACUGUUAAUUGGGCAGUGCUGUCUAGUUGCUCCUUUUUAGCUUCAAGAGUGUAAAAAAGUGUUUUUUUUCUGAAUUUCAUUCUGCUUUUGGAUCUAUGUAGCUCCAGGUUAUGUGCUUUUUUCCUGAACAAGUGUUAGACAUCCACUAUUCUGUCCCUAUGUAAACUGUACUCUGUUUGCAAGUCUUUCAAUAAAAAUCCAAAAUUAA